UGGAGCUAUUCCUGGCAAGUCUUCUCAAUCCCUCUUGGUGGCGAGACGUCUUACAGAUGUGGCAGGAUCGGCGCCACGAACCGAUGCGCACGCGAUCCGCGCCACACCCAGGACACGGGCAUCCAGCCGAACGAAGGACAUACCUGAAGCGGAGACAGCAAUGCUUGCCUCGCAGGACAAAUGGAAGCGACGCAAAAAUACGAGCGCAAAGCGGAGCAGUAAACUAUGCCUAGUCUAGCUACUACAGACAUCCCGUCGUCCCCCCUUCCCUCGGCGUGCGAUCGUAGAUCGUCCAGAGGCUCGGGGUGGCGCUGGCUGACCGCCGCGCCGGACAGCGACCCUGGUAUGCGUGGGUAUGGGUGCAGGCAUGGGUAUGUGGUGUGGGUAUGUUUCGUGGGUCGCGGACGUGCUCGCGCAACGCAGCGAGCAGGAUGGAAAAUGGACGCAGGCCUCGACCUGGCUGGCGGGCACGGCCUGUCUGGCGGGCAGGCCUUGUCGACUCGUCUCGAAUGGAGGUUGAAGUCGAGGUCUCGGCCCUGCUGGCGGGCACCCUGCAGACCUUGGCGAGCUUGCUUCUAUACUAACGUCAAGCCGCAGGCACGGCCUAGGCGUUGGCGGGUCGAUGCCUUGUCGGGCGCGCGUAGCGCCUCGGGCUCCUGCGAACAGGCACUCGGCCUAGUUGGCGGGCGGCGUUGAAACAGUCUGCCGCGGCGUUGGCGGGCUCGUUGGUCGUCAGUGCCGAGGUCGGCCGAGGCGUUGGCGUCUCGGCUUUGCUGGGUAUAGAAUCGGAAAGGGAAUAGUGGAGCCUAUCGUACACGCCUCCGUCUUCGUCUUCAUCUACACGUCUUCAAUCUUCGC